CCAGAUUUCCCCUCCCUGACGUGUUCCUGCGCGGCAUAAUGUUGCUUUAAAUUGUAUCCAAGUCGAACCCACGUGAUUGGGCGAAGCGUUUGAUACAAAGUGACCCUGGAGCUGAAAUUGACUCGACUGAACUCGCUGCUUGUAACUUUCACUCAUUCAGUCUAUGCCUCCACUGGUCUGGGCGAAACGUAUUGUGCUUAUUUUUAAAAAGCAUUAGGAUUUUUCAAGUCAGGAUGCCGGAACAGAUCAGCAUCUCCGAGUUUGUGAGUGAGACUUUGGAGGACAUCAACUCGCCGAUCACCUCCAACUUUACCUCGAAAAUGAUUAACUGCAGGAACACGGUGACUGCCCUGGAGGAGUCACUGGAAGCGGAUCAGGCUAUCUUACUGAAGAUGAAGAAGUUGAUUAAAGCCAUUCACUCCUCUGGACUCUCACAUGUGGAGAAUAAAGAACAGUACAUUGAAGUUCUGGAAAGCUUUGGGAACCACCACCUAUCUCAAAACAAGAACGAGUUGUCCAUGGGUUUCCUAAACCUCGGAGUGUUCACACGUGAAGUGACGGCACUCUUUAAAAACCUGACUCAAAACAUGAACAACAUCCUCUCCUUUCCAUUGGACAGUCUGCUAAAAGGGGAUUUGAAGGAAGGAAAAGGGGACCCAAAGAAACUCAUUGAAAAAGCCUGGAAAGACUAUGAAACCAAAGUCAAUAAGAUUGAAAAGGAGAAGAAAGACCGUGCCAAGCAAUUCGGAUUGAAUCGUUUGGAAAUCAGUCCCGCAGAAAUCGUGGAUGAACUGGAGAAAGAGCGAAAAAUGUUCCAGCUCCAAAUGUGUGAGUAUCUUCUCAAGGUGAAUGAAAUAAAGAUGCGAGAAGGCCCUGACCUCCUCCAGAGUCUCAUCAAGUACUUCCAUGCUCAACAAAAUUUUUUCCAGGAUGGUCUCAAGGCAGCAGAAAGUUUGACUCCUUUUGUGGAAAAAUUGGCUGUGAUUGUACACUCGCUGAAGCAAGCACAGGAUGAGGAGAUGAAACAGCUGACCCAGAUCAGGGACUCCCUGAGAUCAGUGCUCCAAGUGGAUCACAAGGAGGAAUGUUUGAACAGGAAAAAUUCUGGCUACAGCAUACACCCACUUCCAGGAAACCGUCUGUAUGGUACAGAAAAAUCUGGCUUCCUAAAUAAAAAGAGCGAUGGGAUCCGAAGAGUGUGGCAGAAGAGAAAGUGUGGAGUUAAAUACGGCUACCUCACAAUAUCACACAGUACUAUCAAUAGGCCUCCAGCCAUUCUCAAGCUGUUAACCUGUCAGGUGAAACCAAAUCUUGAAGAAAAAAAAUGCUUUGAUCUUAUAACACAUAAUCGAACAUACCACUUCCAAGCUGAGGAUGAGCAAGAAUGCCAAGCAUGGGUUUCUGUGUUACAGAACAGCAAAGAAGAGGCACUCAAUAAUGCCUUUAAGGGAGACAUUAGCAAUGGCAACAAUGACACGGUACAGGAACUGACCAAAUCGAUCAUUGCUGAAGUCAAAGGCAUGCCAGGAAAUGAGGUGUGCUGCGACUGUGGAGCAACAGAUCCUACUUGGCUCUCCACCAAUUUGGGCAUUGUCAUCUGCAUUGAAUGUUCUGGGAUUCAUCGAGAGUUGGGUGUACACUAUUCCAGGAUACAGUCUCUCAUGCUGGAUGUACUGAGCACGUCUGAACUCUUGCUUGCAAACAAUAUCGGGAACACGAGGCUGAAUGAGAUUUUCGAGGCGAACUUGCCAGCUCAGUGUGGAGUGAAACCCAGUCCAACUAGUGACAUGAACUCUCGAAAAGAAUAUAUUACCGCAAAAUACGUGGAGCGGAAAUAUACAAAGAAAGGUGUUUGCGAAGGUGGAUUGAAGCUGUUUGAGGCCGUUCGCAACAAGGACCUCCUGGCUCUGCUGCAGAUGUACACAGAGGGUGUGGAUUUCACUGCACCACUCACCUUGCCGGAUGGACAGGACCUUGGGGAAACACCGUUGCACCUUGCUGUGCGGUUGGCAGACAGGACGUCUCUGGCUUUGGUUGACUUUCUGAUUCAGAAUGGAGGUGGCCUGGAUGUGAGGACUGGUGAGGGAAACACUCCCCUCCAUUACUGCAGCCUGUACAACAAAACCGAGAGCCUGAAACUGUUACUGAAGGGAAAGGCCAACAUGCAGAUUGGUAACGUGCCCGGAGAAACCGCCUUGGAUGUUGCAAAGAAGCUCAACCACUCAUGCUGCGAGGAACUGCUUGAUCAAGCGCAGGCAGGAAAGUUCAAUCCUCCAGUUCAUGUGGAGUACGAGUGGGUGGUGCAACAAGAAUACGUUUACGACAGCGAGGAGGACUUGGAGGAAAAGGUGAGUCCUUUACAAAGGUCAUUCAAAUCCAUUGGUCAGCUCUCUCCUUCAAAUGCCUCCUUCACGUCUUCAUCACCAUUUGUGAACCACAGCCCCUCUGGCUCCAAGAAGGAAAGGUGGAGUUUUGUCAGCUCCAAUAUUGUAAAUGAGACGUAUGGUGCUGUCGUCCUUCCCUCCAAGAUGGCUGCUCACCCUCCGCCCAGCAACACCGCGCCACCACCGCUGCCAGUCAAAACCUUCACCAGGGACUUUCUCCCUGUAGCCGGGUCCAUAGAUGGACAGAACAAGCGAUGCUCCACCUCCCUCGGGAACGGUCCCGCACUCCCACCAUCUCCGAGCCAUGGGAUCACCCCUGCCAAAGCUCCAGGGCGUCCAGACCUGCCUUGGCGACACUCUAUCGCUGGACCGACAGAGAUCUCGAGCUCUCAGACCAGGUCAAACUCUCAGAACAGACUGUCCCAUCACUGGGGCACCCAGGCACCAGCUGAACUGCCGGACAACCGGAGGCAAGGGUCACUGAGUGAAGCACACCUUCAGAGCUUGGAACAGCUCCAUCCCCCCACCCACACCGUGGCACAGCCGGAGCCGCCACCGCCAAUGAGCCCUAACCGUACAACAUUCACCAGGAAACCCAGUGGAGGUGAGGGAAUCAAGAAGCCUAGAGCGGAAUACCUCUCGCCAACAGACUCGAAUUCAAGGAGUCGAGAAGAUGUCUACAUUGUCCCCUCAAGUUCCAAACCAAUCCCUGUACCGCUGCCAAGAAAGUCCGUUGGGGUGAAGCUGAAGCAGAAGAGAGUUAAGGCGAUCCUGGACUGUACAGCGGACAAUCCCGAUGAGCUGACCUUCACCAAGGGGGAGGUUAUUGUUGUGACUGGGGAAGAAGACUUGUUUUGGUGGGUAGGACACAUCGAAGGAGACAAGUCGAGGUCGGGAGCCUUCCCAGUGGACUAUGUCCAUCUGUUGUCUGAAUGACCAGGUCAUCACCUUCUCCAAUGGAAGGAGCUUGAGACCUGUUGACGUUGCAAACUACUCAGGAGGCCCAUCUGAGCUUGGGUUUCUCUGGUCAGUCAUGGAACAAUGCUGGCUGCUCUUCCACAGGAUGCCAGCUUGACUAUUGGGUUUCAGUCUUAUUACAAGAUGCCCUUUGGGGAACUUCGAAGAUCCUAUUGUUAUCGCUAUCAUUGGAGAAUCUUGAUAUUCCAACCAAACUUGAAUCAGACUUUGGAACUGUUUGAGUGAUGGCCGGGCCUCAGCCUACAGUGACCAGCUACUUUUUAGUAUUUAGCAGCUAUUCCUUUUCUGCAUCUCAAUUUAUAAAAUUGCCAUGAAAUUAUUGAUUAUGGGUUGGCACAAUUGAACAAGGGCAUUUGCUGCCUAGGCUGAACGAUACAUUCCACAGAGAUGGGCUGGGCACUAGGUUGAGGAUUGUGGUGGGAAUGUUGUCGAAUGUAGAUGGUUUUAAGGGUGAGGACCCUGAAGGAUGAACCACGCUUUGCUGAGGAUAUGGAUGCGUAUUUGUUAGUGUGUGACUGCAGGUUCCAUGCACCUAGAUGGGUCAGAAACCUGGAACUCCCUAUCUGCAGCACAUGGACUGCAGCAAUCCAAGAAGGCGGUUCAUCACCACCUUCUCAAUAACAAUUAGGGAUGGACAAUAAAUGCCAGCCUGGACAGAGAUGCUCCAUAUCACAUCAAAGAAUCAAAAUAAAUAAAUAAAGACUGGGGAAGAUACCAUGCAGAGACAAUGUUUAUUGUACAUUCAAUACAAAAUGGGAGCUGAAUGUUAUAUUAAAGCGGGAAGGAAGGGAUAGGGUCCAGCAGUGUACGGACUGAACAUUUAUUGCACAAGUUGAAUUGUAGUAAGUAAAUUAAAUUUUACAUUGCACAGUGCAAGAAUAGGAAGAGAAGGGACUUUAGUAUAGGAAAACUGUAAUUAUAUCAACUGAAGUUAAAUGUUUAAUAAUAUCCAUUGACUGUCAAAGAUCUCAACUGCAGUACAAUGCCUGUAAGCUGCAGGAGCCUUGCAGAAUGUACAGUUGUUUGGGGCAGUUUGUAGCUUCCUAGCAUGGAAGUAAAGUGACCGAGAAGGAUAUUGCCACACGAGUGCGCACACUCACCAUUCUAAAAUCCUACUUUUUAAACAGAAUCCUUCUGAUUGAUUCCCCACCAGCUGCACAAACUAGAACAUUUUGUUGGGAGAAUGAAUAAUUUUACUUUGGGAGAAUUCCAGUGUCACCUUUUUUGUUUUUUGUUCAUUGAAAGGACCUGUAUAUAACUCGAGGAAUCACUGCAAUGUCUCUUUUUAUUGUUAGCAUGUUCAAAUAAAUAUUGUCAAAA